GAGUAAAAGAAAACCAUAUUUAGGACAUUCCCCUUCUUGAACAAAACUGCAAUUUGCAAAAUCAUCAGCGACAGGUAAUGGCGACUGGUGAUUCAGUCCUGGUGAUGUCUUUGGCCAAAUUCCAGAAGCCAAUGUAUAUUCAGAAGGGGCAGGGAAAAGAUUUGCAUCUAUGACUCCAUCUAGGAGAUGUGGCAUAUAAACAAGAGGUGAGUUGUCAGUUUUGCCCAGUUCCAGGCCUAGCACUUUCUAAACAAAUCAGGACCAUGGCAGUUCUCUAUGCCAUACUGCUGCGGCCACUGGGGCUGUUUCUGUGCCUCAGUCUCCAGCUUUCUUCUGCCAUCUUCAUAAGGCUCAGUAACAACUGCUUCACCUUUAAUGAGUACUACACCGUCACCCUAGGCAUCAAGGCCAGUUCAUAUAUCUACAAAAGCAACACAGUCUACUCUGUAUUCGUUCCUGUGGAUGACCGUGUCUACGCUGUGGUCAUGAAAGCCUUGAACAAGAAGGGUGACUCAGUGGGCCUCUGGCGAAGAGCAGAUGAAAAUUGCCGCAGCAACUCCACGUAUUACAUGAAAGAUCAAUACAUGACAGUCUUAGAGGCACAGUGGCAAUCUCCUGAAUCUGAGAACAUAACUGAAGUGGAGAUACAAGCUUUCACUGUCACUGCUGAGACCAGAGCCCUGCCUAUGCUUUCUACUCUGAAACUGUCAGGAAAAGUGUCAAUCAUACCCUUACCCGCCAAGAUUCUCCAGAACUCAGUCUUCAAGCCUUUCUCUGUGAUUAUACCCGAGAAUACUGGAAUCAACAGCCUGGCCAGCCGAGUCUUCAGCAGCCCCAUCACAGAUGCCAUUGAUAUCCUGCUUGCUUUUCUCACCAGCAAACUUCUCUUCUAAAGGGUAACUAGGGAAACAACUGUUUCUGCCUCCACUGCAUUCUCUUACAUUCAGUUCCAAGCCAAUGCUGGACAUGUGUGUAAAUAAAGCCUUUACAUUCUCAAAUGUGCAAGUCUACUGCCUCUGCUUCAGACCAAAACGAAGACCUGGAGGCAUUUGUUGGCAGGCAUGGGUCACACAGAUGUUCAUCUGGAUCUUUCAGGAUACAUAUUACGCUUUUUGUAAACAUUUAGAUCUGGCCAGAAUGUAGUCACCUAGAGUUCUCCCCAACAGUUUAACAAGUUGGCAGCCAAUUCCACAGCCAAUCUCAACUUUUGUUCAUUGCCAAAUUAUUCCCCUGCACCCCCUGAGUUUCUGUGGGAAGGAUCCUUCCUUGCUUUCAAGAUGAUCUCAGAUUUCUGACCAAACCUACUCAGGUUACAAGGAAUUUCUGUGACUCAUGUGACUCAAGAAGGAAAGGAGAAAGAAAAAAUAGUACUGAGCUUCCCAUUUAUCCACACCAGUAGGUUUUGAAGGGCAAGAGGAGAGGAAUGAAGCAUGUCUGAGCAGCCAAUACAGAAAAA